ACUCUUCGCUAGUGGUGAACACAGUAGGGCGUACUUGUGUAGCACCUGCAUCGGACUGUAAGACUGUAGCGAAGGUGUCACCGUGAACUGGUACAGGUUGUGCCGCCUACUUACUGUUAGGCCUACUAAACUAACCAGUUUCAUUUCAGACAUGGCGUCACACGAGAGUUACAGCGCCGUCCUGCGGGAAGACAGUGUGAAGAAAGCGAAGGACGAGCUAAAUGAGAAACCCGAAGAGAAUCGCUCUCAACUCAAACAGUUUACUGAUUGGAUACAGCAAGAGAGGAAAUGGCUGACUGCGCCAACAGAUCCCAUAUUUUUGAUGUCGUUUUUGAGAGUUCGGAAGUUCAGUCAGUUGUUGGCCAGAGAGACGCUGGUAAAUUACCUAACAACACGAGAGAAAGAGGCAGAGUAUUUUACCAAAGUGGACUGUGAUGACAUCAAAAUAAUGACGGUGUUAAAAUCUAGUUUCUUCCUCCCGAUGCCAAAACCAGACGAACAUGGCCGUCAAGUCUGUAUCAUCCGGCCUGGUCAGUUGGAUAUAUCGGGGAAAGUGUUUAAGAUCCAGGAUGCAUUUAGGGCGGUUUUUAUGAUCCUCGACUUCCUCUUGCGAGAUGAGAACGUUCAGGUGAAUGGUUUGAUCAUGGUGCUGGACUAUACUGGCGUCACAAUGAGUCAUCAGAGCUUCGCGGGGGAGCACAGGGCCAAGUUCCUCAAACUGUUAACGAGAACCUAUCCUCUCCGCAUCAAGGGCAUACUAAUGUACAAUGUGGGGCCAUUUAUGGAGAUUCUUCUCGGUAUUAUGAAAUCUGUUUUGAAAGAAAAGAUACAGAAACGUCUGGAGACCGCUCCUGACAUGGUGACGAUAUAUUCGAAGUUAGGCCAGAGUUGUCUCCCCCUUGACUACUUGCCAGACGAUUACUCGGGUGACCAUAGUGGCACGUGCAAAGAGAUUGCAGAUAAUCUUAUCAAAGAUCUACGAAAAGCUGAAGUGAAAAACUGGAUAGCUCAAUUGUCCCCUGGAAAUUGUAAGGUGGACUCCAAAACUAUGCCAGCAAGAGAUGAGUUAUUCCGAGAGGCAUUCAGGAAACUAAACGUGGAGUGAUGAGACACAACUGUGUGUGUGUGUGUGCUAUAGUUAUAUAUUGUUAUAUAUGACAAACACAGAAAAAUAAAGACUAGAGGGCGCCUGUCAUACUGAGCCGUCAACUAAAAAAUAAAAUAAAUAAAUACAGCAAAUAAAGAUUAGAGGGUGUCUGUCUUACUGACCCGUCAAGUAAAAAAAAAUAUACCCAGAAAAUGAAGACUAAAGGGCCUCUGUCCUACUGACCCGUCAAGAAAAAAUAUUAAACACAGACAAUAAAGACUUGAGGUCGUCUGUCUUAGUGAGCCGUCAAGUAAAAAAACAAUAAAAAAAAGAAAAAAAAAAAAUAA